AUGAUGGCCUCAAUCGACGUAUCAACAUCAUCGUCAGCUCCGAAUCCAACAAAUGCACUUGUUUUACCAAAUAUUAUCUAUCCCGUAAUUGAUCAAAUGGAUAAAUCAGGUUAUAAAGAUAUACAAUUCGAUAUGCGUUCAACAUUAUUUAAACUAGAAGAAAUUUAUCCAGGUUUUUCUCGUUGCUUUCUUCAAUCAUUCAUAAGUAGAGAAAUGCCAUCGUUGUCUUCAACAACAAAUACGAAUGAAUUAACACUUAAACUUGAAAAAUAUUGUGAUAAAUCACCUUAUUUUAUAUCAUCGUUACAUAAUGAACAAGUAUUUCAUGAAUUAAAUUUUCGUUCGAAAAAUCUUAAACGUAUAUUAAGUCGUAUACCUGAUGAUAUUAAUGAAAAACGUGAAUUUCUUGAAACAAUCAAAGAAAUAGCAAGUGCUAUUAAAAAAACACUUGAUAGUGUUACCAAUACUUUACACUAUUUUAAAACUGUUGAAGGUCGGCAAGCAUUAGAAAAUGAAAAAAAAGAAUUUAUUAAAUACAGUAAAAAUUUUAGUAAUACAUUAAAAGCUUACUUUCGAGAUAGUAAACGUGAUGAUGUUUAUAUGGCAGCAAAUCAUUUACUUAUUCAAAUUGAUUAUCUUUUACGUACUAUAAAAUUAUAUUGCGAAACAGAUCAAAUUGAUGAUUGUUUAUAUCCAUCAUUAUCUCAACAUCAAAAUCAAAUGAAACUUCUCGCAUCAACACGUUAUUCAACGAAUAAUCAACAACAAUAUAAUAUAAGACAAUCAUCUGCUUCAUCGAAUAGUCGACAAUCAUAUGAAACAAAUUAUUCGUAA